AGCUCAUCCUGCAGGAAAAAAACCGGAGCUGUUCACAGCGCAGCGCAUUUCUGCUCAAAAAAUCAGAUUAUUCCAGUUUUUUACGAUGAUCCGGUUGAUCUGACUGCAUCCUAUUCUCAGCCCGGGGUUCUGUGUCUGCAGCGGGGCUGUUUCUGCUGCAGCUCCAUUUAUUAUCAUCAUUAUUAUUAUUUUUAUCGAGAUGAUGUGAAAGUCAAGCGGUCAAGGUCCGCUCUGCAACAACCACGGCUGGAUUUCCUCUCUUUCUAGUGGGAAACAUCUGUCGCAGUGGUUUCGGAUGGAUUUCUAAUCAUCUGGACCGGAGGGAUUAAAGACCUGCCUGAGGAGAAAGGGAAUAAAAACACUCUGCAGUCAGAUGGAGUGGGAAGCAGCAACGAUGUGACAGCCACAAUCCAAAAAGGAAAAAAUAAAACAAACACAAAAUGCAGCGGAAGUCUUUAACAUCCGAGCAACCCGCCUGUUUUGACCGAACCUCUCCACCACUGACCCGAUUCUGUUUGUCCCAGUUUGAAGAAGUGAAGAUUUAGGAGAAAGCAGCCAGCAUGUCGGCGGUUAUGAUAACGCGAAAGGUGCGGAAAUGGGAGAAGCUCCCCGGGAAGAACACCUUCUGCUGCGACGGGAGGGUGAUGAUGGCCCGGCAGAAGGGGAUCUUCUACCUGACCCUGUUCCUCAUCGUCGGAACCUGCUCCCUCUUCUUCGCGUUCGAGUGUCCGUACCUGGCCGUCCACCUGUCUCCUGCCAUCCCGGUUUUUGCCGUGCUGCUCUUCCUGUUCGUCAUGGCCAUGCUGCUGAGGACGAGCUUCAGCGACCCCGGGGUCCUGCCGCGGGCCCUUCCAGAGGAGGCCAACUUCAUAGAACUGGAAAUCGAGGCAGCGAAUGGGAACGUCCCGUCGGGGCAGCGACCUCCGCCUCGGAUCCGAAACGUUCAGAUCAACAACCAGAUCGUCAAGCUCAAGUAUUGCUACACCUGCAAGAUCUUCCGGCCUCCGCGAGCAUCUCACUGCAGCAUCUGUGACAACUGUGUUGACCGUUUUGAUCACCACUGUCCGUGGGUGGGCAACUGCGUGGGCAAGAGGAACUACAGGUACUUCUACCUGUUCACCCUGACGCUGUCCCUGCUCACCAUCUACAUCUUUGCCUUCAACAUCGUCCACGUCGUCAUGCGCUCUGUGGAUCAAGGCUUUCUGAGCACCUUGAAGGAAACACCUGGAACUGUACUGGAAGUGCUGGUGUGCUUCUUCACCCUGUGGUCGAUGGUGGGACUGACUGGUUUCCACACGUACCUCAUCUCUCUGAACCAGACCACCAACGAGGACAUUAAAGGCUCCUGGUCUGGGAAGAACAGAGGCCAGAAUCCUUACAGCCACAAGAACAUCAUCAAAAACUGCUGCGAGGUUCUGUGUGGACCGACCUACCCCAGCGUCUUGGACAGACGAGGGCUGAUGCAGGAGGAUUCGCCCGCUGCUGCAAACAGUGAAGGUCCCUGUUCCUUCGACAACCCAGUGGCACAAACAACGAAAACCACAGCUCCUCUCAUCCCCAACGAGCACACGCCUGACGAUGUCAAGCCGAGCAUCACAGCAGAGCAAAGCUCCGCCCCUGAAGACGACCCGCCGCCAGCCGCAAAGCUGCCGCCGCUGGCUUCUCCAGAGACCGACGCAGAGACGUCCAUCGCCAAGAACCAGUAGCUGGACGGACCAGCAAUCUGUGAACUGAAGAACAAUAAUAAUCGACACCUGAUCAUGUGAGGGGGAUUCAGUUAACCUUUGACCUUUAACGGAUUGGAGCGCCUGCGCUUUUCCUGCAGAGACGUUUGACGACCAGAAGAGAAGGAAAAUCAGCAGCUUCCCAUCUCCUGAUCCCUGCAUGGAAAAGACUCUCAGGAGAGACGCUGCUCAGAGAUCCAACGCUGAUUGUCAGUCUACUUGUUCUUCAUUUGAAACUGUAAACAUUUAUCUCCAGAGGCCAGUUCAGUUAUAGCAAGCAUCAGAGACGAAGAGUCUGGUUCCUGCACAUCGGUCGAAUCAAAAACACUGCAGAAACUCUCAAUCCUACCAAGUAUUUAACAUUUUCUAGAGCAGAUAUUUUGAGCCACAGGAAUAAAACUAAACUAACUUACAGGAAUAUUUUCAGCAAGUUAUAAGAGCUUGUUUUGAGUAAAUCCUGAAUAUUGCUGGAAAAAGUCCAGAUUAUUUCACUUAUAACAAGGGAAAAUGUCUUGUUGUAAGUGCAAUAAUCUGCCAGAGAAACUGUGACGUUUUGAUUCAUAUUAAGAGAUGAUUGACUGUUGAUGAAAAGUUACUUGUAAUCAGAAGUGGGCAGAGGACACAAGAAUCAUACUCAAAUAUGAUUCUCAAAAAAUACUUAUUUUUACCUAAUAAUCCAAUUAUCAAUCAUUUAAUAUUUAAAAUUACUUCAUCAGAUGGACCAGAAUAUAAAGUUAAGUGAACAUUUUGGUAUUUUAAGGACAAACAUAACAAUAAUUCAUAUUAAUAACAAAAAAAAAAAUACUAAAAUUAGGCUAAUUAUUUUUUUUCCAAAAUUGGUCUCUUUCAAUAAAAAACUUCUGAAAUUUUAACAAAAACUGCAGGUGUGUGUCUCUGUCUAGUGAACGUUUGGUUAAAACAUGUUCAUUUUUCAUUCAGUGGGCAGAGAAAACUGAAAUUUCACUCAAGUAAGAGUAGAAAUACUUCAUAACAAAAUCACUCAAGUAAAAGGAAAAAGUGAACGUUAGUAAAAAUACUCCUAAAAGUACAUUUGAGUAAAAGUAGUUACUACCCAGCUCUGCCUGUAUGUUAGUUUUGUCUUAUUUGAAGUGAAGUAAAAUAUUUGCACUAAAACCUAGACCAUAAGUAAGUGGUAAAAUGUAUUGUUUUUGCAGUGCGUCAUCUAUGCUGUACAUAAAUUACAUACCCUAUGCAAACCAUUGUGAGGCUGGAAAAGCAGCUUUGUGAGAACAUGGGUAUAAGCGUUGGGUUUAACAUGUGAUGCCCAGGCAGGAGGAAUCGUUCGCAGGUCAGACUCCCUCCAGGUGACCUUGUAUUCUGAUCCUGCUGCAUUCAGUGCUGUUCACGCGUGUGUGCAUCUUUUUUUUAAAUCAAUCUCAACUGCUGUGGUUUCUUUUUGUGUGUUUUUUUUUUGUGUGUUUUUUUUUUUUAUAACUAAAGAUGUAGUGUGAUGUUGAGGCUUGUGAGAUUACAGUGAGAUUCCUGAGUCUGAGGAAAGAAAAGGCCUAAUGAGUGUCGACACUUGCAUUAACAGUGCCUUAUCACUGCAGCUGCAACUCGAGCAACAGGGACGAUCCUCUAACAGUGUUGAAUCAAAAAUCAGCUACAAACGGGAAUCUGACUUAUAGAAGAAAACAUCUUGCUGCAGCCACUGAAGAAAUCAUGGUGGGACUUGCUAGUUUGUUAGCGUAGCUUAUCUUAGCCUAGCUCAGUUUACAUUUGUGUGACAAAUUGCUUAGUAAAACUGCUACAAGACAAAGAGUGUAAUUUGUAUUUCUGGAAAUCUUCAAGUAUUUUAUGAUUUCUACUUAUUUUAAACAGAAGAAGCUAAGCUUCUUCUGUUUAAGCUAAGCUAACUAGCUGUGAAUGCUGAAUUGAUCUAAAUUGAUUUCUUCAUUUAACUUGGAACAAAAUAGAAAAGGUACAAUUAAAACUUUAAUUUGUUUUGAAAAGCAAACUGAAAAAACACAAUUUGACCCAUAAAGUUUUUAAAAAGAUUUUUUUUUAAUCCAUAAGAACUGAUUUUGUCUGUUUCAACUGAGAAAUUACAAUUUCAUAAAAUGAAAUUGAUCAUGAAAAAAAACAAUUAUCUCAAUUUAAAUUGAAUUUUUUAGUUGAUGGAAGCAACUAAGAAACUUGGUGCAGCUUAGCAUAGCUUAGCUUAGCAUAGCUUAGUUUAGCUUUAUUUUUUGUGAAUAUAAGCCAAUAUUAAAUGUGCCUGCUUAGUAAAAGGAAAAUGUCUUUUCCUUUUUGCUUCUCAAAAUAAAUCAAGCUUUUCUGCUAAGUUAAAUUUAUGCUAACUAGCUGCUGCAUUUGAAUUUGUUCAGUCUAGCAGGACUAAUUCCUGAAUUCAACAUUCAGAGCAACAAUAAAUUAAAAUUCAAUUACAUCCUAUAAUUAAUUCCGUCUUAACAAAACUGGUAAAAAAAAAGUAACAAUAAUGAAAGAAAACUAAAAUUUUUCAAGAUGUAAACUGGAGAUUAAUUUGUGACUAUUUUAAAUUAGCUCAAUCUAAUGGUUUAGAUAAUUAAAAAAUAAUUGGUAUUUUUGGGGAAUAAAAGACAACUAUACGGCUGCAAGUUUUUCAGCGGAUUAAAUCCAAUUAUGUAUGAUUAAAAUUUACUGGGACUGACUAAUUUAACUUUAGAUUAACUAAAUUUAGCAUAAAAACAAGCCCCAGCUUAGACAAACGGUUUGUAAUCCCACAGAAAUAUAUAUUUUGUUUCUCUAAAUCAAAAAAAUUCUUAACAUUUGGCUUGUACGUAAAUUUGUAUUUUUAGCCUUUAAUAAUAAUAACAAAUCACAUUUUCAGCUAAGCUAAGCUAACCAGAUGCUAAAAUCCGAUUUGAUGAUUAAUUUUACAGCCAAAAUAAAAUAUCAAAAUUUUCUUCUUUUAUAAAUGGGAAACUGCAACAAUAUAUCUUAAUAUAUGUUAACUGACAACUCCUUUUAGAGAUACAGUAUUCUACCUUUGACUUGGCCACAAAAACAUCUGAUAAGAUAAGAAACUGGAGUUUGUGAUGCAAAAUGAAAAAUAAAACCGUUAUGUAUUGUAUAUUGUUAGGUAGAGCUGCGAUGAAACACAUUAAAGUAAUGGAUAACGAAGUGUGGCUAGGGUUUAUUGUGCAGCAACUUCUGUGAAUUAUGGCGGAGGUGGAUCUUCCUUCCUUUGCAUUUUCUCUCUUCUUCCUCUUCUUCUUCCCUGCCUCUACAUUAAACUCUGUCUCUUGAUAUUUGCUCCUGCAGAAGAAGCACCUGACACAUCAGACAGUUUUGACGGGAUGUAAUCGCAGAGAAAAGAGCGGGAAGAUCUUUUCACGUUAGUAUUUAGAAGGUGUUAGCUGAUAGCAAGUCUGUAGUAGUGACUGUGUUGUAUGCAAGACAAGAGUUUGUGUUUGUGAAUCUUUCUUGUGUAGACUUCAAGUUUUAUAUCAGACAUUUCUGCCCAACAAGAUUUAUUUAAGAGUUGAGAGGGAUUUUGGUAAAUCUUAAAUAAGGCACUUGUUAAUAAAGGUUCAGACUGAAGCGUAAGCUGAAAGUCUUUGAAAUCAAGCAUAUCCAUAAUAUCAUGAUAACCUAUGAAAGUUUGCAGAAGUUUACAUUUCCAAAGCAGCUUGUGUAAAUGUUGCCAUGAUACAGCUGUAUUUUAAAUGUUCAAUCGCCAGUAAAAAAGUGCUAAACCUAAAGCUGAACUCCUUUACUGUGAAGGUAUUUUAAGAUGGCUUGGUGUUAUUAUUGAGAAGCAGGAAUGUAGUUAGUGGACAUUUGGGAGAAGGGAUGUUUGAAGCACAUCUUAAAGGGACAGAUGGAUUUUUAUGUUUUUUAGUUUUGAAGACCAGUUUUAGCUCUUGUAUUUAUAAAUCCUGUGUUGAAAUGAAGAUCAGAUCUGAAUGCUCUGAUCAGUCAGUUACACCACAUUAUAUACACAGAUACUUUGAAGGAAUCAUUAUUUAUGUUUUCUUAGUUAUCAACACUGUGAUUCUCUGUAUUUCAUUCAAAUUGCUUCACUUCUUUUUACUUGAUCUGUGUGUCCAUUAAAUAAACAAUGUUGUCUUACUAAAAACUGA